AUGUCUCGAAAAUUGCUUCGCUCCUCUGUCGCCGUCAAAAGUACAGUAUCAGAAAGUGUAGUACACGUGGUUUUUAAGAAAGACGACCAUGUAUAUAUCUACACAUUUCCCGCUACAAGCACUGCUUUUGGCAUCAAAAAUGCAAUCAAAUCUGAAAUGAAAUUAGAAGGAACGUAUUCGAUUGUUAUCCCGAGUAUUCCAUUUAAAGUGGUAGAUGCAAUGGAAGACACAGUAAUCAAAGAAAUGGGGUUCUAUGACACUUGUGUUAAAUUUGGGUUGUUUCCAACAUUUGAAAUGGUCAAUAGAGAAAUCGCUGAAUCGUAUGAGAGUGUAGCGGGACUGUCCAAGUUGAUGACCAAAUUGUCUGCUAACUACCAAACGAUAGGUCAGAACUAUGUUGACGUCUUACGAACGGACGUUGAAGAGAUUUUUGUGUUCCGACGAUCACUCGCACGCGUCCGACUUAUUUCGAAUUCAUUAGAAGAGAAGUAUGACAGAAAGAUACAUGAGGAGAAUGAAUAUGCAUACACUUUAUCGGAACCCAACCUCCCGACAUCUGUAAAUAAGCUUGAUAUACGUGUUGUUGGUACCGAUUUAAAUUUGACUGCUGUAUUUAAAGUGACGCCCGACGUUAAAGUACAAAAGUUUAUUAACGCGAUUUAUGUUGAAUUUAUGAAGAAGAGUCCGAUGAAGAUGAGUGGGUACAACACCACGAGUUUUGUGUUAAAAGUGAUGGGGUAUGAUGAGUACAUAAUACCAAAGAAGGUGGAUGGGAAAGAGUGGUUGCUGUCUGAUUUUGAUUAUAUCCGAAGACAAGGGAUACGGGGUGAGUCUUUACAACUUGAGUUGGUGCCACGAGACAAUUUACUGAAGUGUAUGAUCAGUGAAGAAGACGUGAAAACGAUGAAGUACUUGGACACGUUUUUUGCAAGUGAGUAUUGGGAAGCAUUUGACGAAGAGAAGAGAUGUUCGCAGAGGCAGUGCACAGACCAGUUUUCGAUGGUUAUAACGUCUGUUGAGAAUUUGGUCUAUUUAUCGAAAAAGAAGGGGAACAAGUCGAAGAAAGAAAAAAAGGAAAAAGAGGAAGAGGAAAGUACUUUAAUUGUCAAAGAUGAAAAUCAAGAGGACGAAGAGGUUGAGCGAGUCACUGAUUUUCUCGGGUAUAUCUCCGCAGAAUUGUUCUAUGGAGAAAUUUCAUUAUGUCCGGCGAUCUAUUCACCCGUCUUUGAAAUUAAAAAUGGAUUGGCGAACCCAAAAUGGAAGGCAACUUUUGUCCAACUGUUAGCCACUUUGCCUGCAGAAAGUAAAGUGAUAUAUUCGGUCUACAAAACUGAUAAAGUAGUGAACACUGUCGUGACUGAAGUGUCGGAAGAGGAUAAAUGUGUAGGCACUGUGAAUACCCGUGUUGUGAAUUACUUGAACGACUUGAUCAGUGGCGCACAACAAUACACUUUAUGGCAGAGUGAACCAAACCCCAUUGCGAUGUGUUGCAACGCCGUCUCGUCACAAGAAAAGUUGUGUGUUGAAUACCCGAUAUUAACUAAUCCGGUGCGGAUGGACACUUUUAUCACUAAGAAGAAGGAGAUGGAGACUAAUAUGUGUUCACAGAACCAACAACCAAUGGGGGUCGAUGAAGUCAACGCGUUCAAUAAAAUAGUCCACGCGGAUGCUCUUGCUGUGUUCACUAAAGAAGAGUUAAAGUGUCUUUGGGAGCAACGGUACACCAUUUUAAAGAGUAAGCCACAGGCUCUUGCAAGACUUCUUAAUUCAGUGAAUUACACACAACCAUCAGAAGUCCAUGAAAUGCACAGAUUACUUGCUCGAUGGCCUUUGUUACAGCCAGAAGAAGCUAUCGAGUUGUUGGAUUUUAGGUAUCCGGAUCCACAGAUCAGAGCAUUUGCACUGAGGUGUAUUGAUACAAUGACAGACGACCAGUUAGUCAUGUAUCUUCCUCAACUAGUUCAAGCACUGAAAUUUGAAUUACACCACCACUCUGCAUUGGCCUCAUUUUUGCUCAGAAGAUCACUCAAAAAUAGAAGGCGGAUAGGGCACAACUUCUUUUGGUUCUUGAAAGCGGAAAUUCACGAUGCUCGGGUGACUGCAAGAUAUGGUGUGUUAUUGGAGGCGUUCUUAGUGGGGUGUGGCAAUUAUAAAGUCGAGUUAGAGAAAGAAGUUGUAUUCCAAAGUCAGUUAGUAGUGAUCGCAAACGAAGUGAAAGACGUUGCGAACAAAGAUGAACAGACUGAGCUCUUAAAAAGCAGUUUGGGUAAGUUGAAAUAUCCCGACGAAAUGUCACUUCCCUUAGACUCGCGAUUUCGAAUUAAAAAAACAGUACCAAACACAGGAAAAGUCUUUUCAUCAAAGAAGAAGCCUCUUAUGUUAGUUCUACAAAACGCAGACCCACUUGGCGAGGCGAUUGUUGUGAUUCAGAAAGUCGGAGACGAUCUCCGGCAAGACAUCUUGACGCUACAAAUGAUUCGAUUGAUGAAUGGCAUAUGGAAGAACAACGGAUUAGAUUUGUGUAUGUUGCCGUACCUCUGCAUAGCGACUGGGAAUGAGAUUGGCAUGUUGGAGUUAGUCAAAAAUUCGGAGACCUAUGGGAAGAUCAUGGCUAUGGAUGAAAAGAAACUGAGCGUCUUCAGGGAAACAGCAAUGACCACUUGGCUGAAAGACCAAUGCAGUUCACCAGACUCAAAAGUCCAAUUUGAACUUGCAGUGGAGAAUUUCACAUACUCAUGUGCUGGGUAUUGUGUUGCCACAUACAUCUUAGGUAUUGGAGAUCGGCACAGUGAUAAUGUGAUGUUGACAAAAGAGGGCAAAUUCUUUCAUAUUGACUUUGGCCACUUCCUUGGGAACUUUAAAAAGAAGUUUGGGGUGAAGAGAGAGCGAACACCAUUCAAAUUUACACCACACUUUGCUAAUGUGAUGGGUGGGAAAGGAUCACCACAAUUCAAGAAGUUCGAGAAGGUGUGCAUCGACGCAUUUAUCACUAUUAGACAACAUGGACCACUGUUUAUAUAUCUGUUCAGAUUGAUGUUGGCCACUGGAAUCCCAGAGUUACAAAAGGUGAACGACAUUGAGUACAUGAGAAACAUGUUUAUGUUCGAUAAGAACGACCAAGAGGCUGGCGAAGAGUUCAGAAAGUUGAUUUAUAAAUGUCUAGACGCGUGGUCACAGACAUUCAACGAUGCAGUUCACGACUUUGUUCAUUACAAGAAACUUCCCAUGUUCAAAUAA